AUGGCCAGUAUUUUGGCCAUGCCUCCCAACCCGAGGUCCCUAGUCCUCCGACAACUCGCAGCAUCCCGACCUGUCACAGUCGCUGCCCCGAUCUCCUCCAUAUGUCUCUUCAGCUCCACGACAGCGAACCCAGCACGACAACGCCCGGCGGCACGAUCUACGUCGCGAUCUCAACCCACACAACCGGGGAAGCCCCAGGGAAAGCCAACGGAGAAACCCAAAGCGAAGCAACCCGAAAAACCCAAAGCCAAACAACCAGAGAAGCCUAAAGCCAAGCAACCAGAGAAGCCUAAAGCCAGGCAACCAGAGAAACUCAAAGCGAAACAACCGGAGACAUCCAAAGACAAACAAGCAGAGAAACCCAAAGAAACGCCCAAGAAGAUCAAAAAGACCGGGCCAGUCGAAAAAGCGCCAUCAUCCUUCUCCUUCCUCCCACCCCCCUCCAACGACCCCAACCAGCGCGCCCUCCCGGCCCCGGCCCCGACCGCCAACUCCCUCUUCGCCGCCACCCACAUCUUCACCUGCCAGAAACCCUACUUCAUGUACGCCGCCCCUCGCUUCCUCAACUUCCCCGUCAACACGCACGUGCCCGAAGUGUGCAUCCUGGGCCGCUCCAACGUGGGCAAGUCCACCUUGAUCAACGCUUUAUCGGGCGCCGCUGGCGCCGCCGCCGGUCGCGCCCACGGUCUCGAAGCGCGCCGGGCCGGACGGGCCAUUACGUCCGCACACGCGGGUAGCACCAAGACGAUGAACGCAUACGGGUUUGGCCCGCCACCGAAAGUGGCGCCGCCCAAGAAGGAGGCGGAGCCGGAGGCUGGGGAGUCACACGCGAUCAAGUCGCGGUCGGAGAAGAGGGAGGAGAAGAACAAGUUCAACAAGGAAAGGAAACCGACGAAUCAGCUGAUAUUGGUGGACAUGCCCGGCUACGGGUUUAACUCGCAGGCGGAGUGGGGCAAGGAGAUUACCAAGUAUUUGGAGAAGAGGAAGAUGCUGAAGGGCGCCGUGGUGCUGAUUGAUUCGGUGGCGGGAGUCAAGAAGGAUGAUAGGACAGUGUUGGGUAUGUUGAGGGAUGCCGGUGUCAGGACGACGGUGAUCUUGACCAAGGCGGAUAAGAUUGACUCGAUGGAGGAGUAUCGCCAGGGGACAGGAAAGGAGAGGAAGGAGGGAUCGAUUGGGGAUAUGUGUGUCAAGGUGUGGGAGGAGUUGAGGAAGAUUGAGGAGGAGAGUUUGACGUGGGUGGAGGGUAAAGGGUGGGAGAGGGAGCUGUGGGUGACAGGCGCGGGUGACCCGAGGAAUGCUGGGCUGGGUAUUGCAGGCGCACGAUUGGCGAUUGCAAAGAUGGCUGGUCUGGUUAGGGACGAGCGGGCGCUGGCAGAUGAGGAGGCACCGGAGCUGGGUAGUGUGGUGACGAAGCCGGCGCCGACGGUAAGCAAGAUUAUACCAUUUGACCAGAUCGUAUGGGCAACGCCGCAUCAAGGGACAGCAGGGUCUAAGGGAAGCCGGGAGAAAGCGUCGUUCUAGGUGGACGAUCUGAUGUCCGCUUGGAAGUC